AGCUUCUAUCAUAAACAGACAAGAUGUCGGAAGUUACCACAGGCAUAGCCAAUGAAGUCACGUUUUUAAGUAAAACUGUUACCGUAUCACCAUUGGUAUUAUUAUCAGUAGUAGAUCAUUUCAAUCGAGUAGCCAAGGAUUCUAAAAAGAGAGUGGUGGGAGUGAUAUUAGGAGAUAAUUCUAGUGAUAUCAUAAGAGUUACUAAUUCAUAUGCCAUACCAUUUGAAGAAGAUGAUAGAAAUCCCAAUGUAUGGUUUUUAGAUCAUAAUUUUAUAGAUUCUAUGGGGGAAAUGUUUAAGAAGAUUAAUGCAAAGGAAAAGUUGAUUGGAUGGUAUCAUUCUGGUCCUAAAUUGAAACCUUCUGAUUUGAAAAUUAAUGAUGUAUUUAAGAAAUAUACUUCUAAUCCAUUAUUACUUAUAGUUGAUGUUCAACCUCGUGAAGUUGGUAUACCAACUGACGCAUAUUUUGCAGUAGAUGAUAUUAAAAAUGAUGGAUCAGCUGCUGAAAAGACAUUUAUUCAUGUUCCAUCUCUUAUAGAAGCUGAAGAAGCUGAAGAAAUCGGAGUAGAACAUUUAUUAAGAGAUAUUAGGGAUCAGGCAGCUGGGAAUUUAUCAUUAAGAGUUAGUCAAACUUAUCAAUCCUUAUUAGGAUUACAUCAAAAAUUAACCGAAAUUGCCAAUUAUUUGGAUAAGGUUUAUUCGAAAAGUUUACCAAUUAAUCAUACUAUCUUGGGUAAAUUACAAAAUGUGUUUAAUCUUCUACCAAGUUUAAGUGGUACUGAUCCAAGUUUAAUUGGUCAUAAUGGUACCUCUAAUCCUUUAUCAACUGCAUUUACAGUUAAAACCAAUGAUCAAUUGAUGAUUGUCUAUAUCAGUACAUUAGUUAGAGCUAUUAUAGCCUUUCACGAUUUAAUUGAAAAUAAGUUAGAGAAUAAAGUAUUGAAUGAAAAGAAUAAUGCAGUACUUAAUGGAGAUGCAGAAGAUUUAAAUGGACCUAUUUCUAAUUUAAGUACUGAAGAAAAGGGUGAAGGAGUAAGUAAAGAAGGCAAGUAGAUGCCAUACAUACUUAAUAGAACAUAUCUAAUAGUUCAUAUACAUUAGUUACAUCA